AUGGCACGUUGCGGCAUAAGUUUAACAUGCUUGUCGACAGUCUUCCUCGGAAUGAUGCUCGGCUUCUCCAUCCUCCUCAUCCACUCGAUGCUUCUCACCGAGCGACAACGCCUAGAAAUCCUCGAAAACGAAAUCCUAGACCAACAAGCAGAUUGGAAAGCGCAAUGGGAACAAGCUCGCGUUUCCGCCCAAGCUGCCCAGGAUUCUGAAGCGACUUAUCUUCACAAUGAGCUUGAGCGAUUCGAGAAAGAAGUUGAAAGCGAACUUGGCAUUGCCGGUGGUGCCCGUCCCGCUGCUCUUGUUCAGGACGCUCCAGCUGGCCCUGUUGUCCCCGCUGCUCCUCAACUCCCUGCUCUUGCUGAAGCACCCGCUCCAGCAUUUGAACAAGCUCCUGUCGCCCAAGCAGUUCCCGAAGCUCCUCAAGUUUCUCAAGGUGCUGCUGAAGUCCCCGAGCCUCUUGCCCCGAUGGUUGAUGACUACGCUGCUGCUGCUGCCGCUGCUCCCGCAGCCCCAGCUUUCGAAGCUGCCGCCCCUGCUCCCGCCUACGAACCUGCUGCCCCUGCCGCCCCAGUCUACGAGCCCGCUGCCCCAGCGUUUGAAGCAGCUCCACCUGCUCAAGAAGUGCCAGCUUAUGGAGUGCCACCACAAGACGUCAAUCCUGGCUAUGGCGCUGCUGCUCCUGCUGCCCCUGCUGCCCCUGCUGUCCCUGGUUUUGGCGCUGCCCCGGCUUUUGGAAAUGUCCCUGCUCCGCAAGGUGCUCUGCCCUACGGCGCGGUUUUGCCAGCUGGAGCGAUCGGUGUUGGUCUUGAUGGUCAGCCCAUCUACCAAAUCCCGACAUUCGAUCCCGCGCCAAAGACAGUGGAUCAGAUCAUGGUCGGCCUCCACGAGCGGAUUAAGCGACGUAAGACGAUGCCCAAGACCCAGCACUUGCCAAGCUUUAUCAUCAUCGGUGUCAAGAAAUGUGGAACUUCCGCCCUAUCUCGUUUCCUCAAGAUUCACCCUGACCUUGCUUCUGCCGGAGAAACCUUCUUCUUCGCGAAUAAUUUCAAAGAUGGACUCGAUUACUACAAGUCCAAAAUGCCCAAUACGACCGACGAUGUUCUCUCCUACGAAAAAACGCCAAAUUACUACCGACUUCCUGUCGUUCCCGACCGAGUCCGAAACUUCCAAAGCCAAGUUUCCAAGCUCUCAGGCGUCAAAAAGGAGAUCAAGAUGAUCUACGUCACGUGCGAUCCAGUCAGAAGAACUCUUUCGGAUUUUUUGCAUUCAAGAACCAACGACGCUGGAUCUGAACCGAGCCCAGGGGAGUUCGAAGCUUUCAUUGGCGAGCGAUUCUCCAAGAUGGAGACGGAAAUGGCGGCGAUCAAGGCGGAACAGGGCGAUUUGUGGCACGAUGAGGUCUACAAAAUGUACAAGGAGCGACGGGAUUGGUUCAAUUAUACUGAUCCGAUUUCGAACUUGAUUGUAAAUGGCGCCUAUUCCGUCUUUUACAAACGAUGGCUUGAAAAUUUCGACCAGCGACAACUUUUGGUCGUCGAUGGAACUGAAAUGAUCUCCAAUCCCGGAGGCGUUGUUGUCCAAACACAGCAAUUUUUGAACAUCGAGCGAAUCAUCGACGAGAAAAAUUUCAUCUUCGACGAAGAACGCGGCUACUACUGCUACACUAGAACCGGCGACGAUACCAAAUACUGCAUCAAGGGUCAACAAAAAUCACCAUCAAAGACGAUGAGCGAAGACAUGCGCCAGCGACUUUUCAAUUUCUUCGAACCAUUUUCUCAAAAACUCGCUGGCGAUUUAGGACGGGAGCCGUUCAACUGGAACUGGAAUCCUGCAUUAUAA